UAAGAGUAGCUAGAGAGUGAGAUAGGGUUUUAAAACUUGGUGGUACAUUAAGAGAGAGUAUAACAAGAAAGCACUAACUCUUGGGUUUUAGUGAUGGCUUUCACACUAGAGAGAUGUGAAGAUAACAACAUGAUGUUCACUAUGGAUUCUCAGAAAACAGUACCUGCUCCAUUCUUAACAAAAACAUACCAACUUGUUGAUGAUCCUCUCACCGACCACAUUGUCUCUUGGAGUGAAGAUGAAUCUACAUUUGUUGUUUGGAGACCUCCUGAGUUUGCUAGAGAUCUUCUUCCCAAUUUUUUCAAACACAACAACUUCUCAAGCUUUGUUAGGCAACUAAAUACCUAUGGUUUCAAGAAGGUGGUUGCAGAUAGAUGGGAAUUUGCAAAUGAAUACUUCAAAAAAGGAGAAAAACAUCUACUAUGUGAAAUCCACAGAAGAAAAACAUCUCAAAACUACCAACAACAAUACUAUGAACAAUCACCUCAAAUCCUCCAACAAGAUGAAACCAUCUGUUGGAUUGAUAACACUCCAUUAGCACAACAAUCUCCUAAACCAACCACUGAUAUCCUAACAGCACUUUCCGAGGACAAUCAAAGACUAAGAAGAAAGAACCUAAUGCUAUUAUCAGAACUCACUCACAUGAAGAAUCUCUACAAUGACAUCAUAUAUUUCAUUCAAAACCAUGUGACUCCUGCAACAUCCUUUGAACAAAGAAGCAACAACAAUAGUGCUGCUAUGUUGAAGCUUGUUGAGUUGGAUUCAUCGGUAUCUCAAUUACCAAAUGAUGGUAAUGUUGUUAAGGAUUGUAAUGGUUCUUAUGUGAAGCUCUUUGGUGUUCCUCUUUGUGGAAAAAAGAGAUUGCAUCCAUGAUCAUGUUAAGUCUUUAAUGGAUUACUUUGAUUGGUUUUGUUGACAUUUGAAGAGAAUUUGUUUUCAUGUAUAGUUGAGGAUGAUAUUUAGAUUAUUUCUAUAAAAAUUUAUUUUUAGACUA